CCACAACGGCUGUGCGGAGCGUGUAAUGUUUAUGUAAAAUUCGUGUCCCGAUAGUGUUACUGUUAAUAAUAUUGUUUGGGGUGUUAUGACACUGUAGGUGUUACGACGCUGACUGUCAACGAACUAGACGUCGACGAUCCACCAUCUUUGGCAGCGGAAGUAGAGGCGGAUGUCCCCUCAAUGGAUAAUCCUUCGUACUUCGCGUUCCCGGACAAAGAUGUCACGGAUAGCGCUGGCCCCCAGGCCUCAGGGUCUGAACAAUUUUCCCGAUCAGCUCCAGCUCGAGCUUGGGCUGACAAUGCCAGGCCACUCAGCUCCCCCCGGAGACGAGAACCAGAAAGCCCCCGAAGAAAGGAGUUCAGAGCACUUCUCAGAUCGCUAUCAGCAAAGGAACCUGAAGAAGCAGAAGCAUUUCUCAAAGGUCAGCCGCGGCCAGGAGAUUGUGCACCCGGAGAUAUGAAACACACCUUUACUGCUCCGCGUAUAAAAAAGGGCAAAAUUAGUUCCAAAGUUGUCACAUCUAACGGUUCAAGGGAUCAUGAAGAGGUGUUUUAUACAAUUCCCUUGCAAGGUCGAAGACGACACUCAGUCGGAGGAUACCUAGCCACUGGUUCUGGUGGCACGGGAGAAGUUACGACUGUUCCGAGUGAAGUUCCGAAGAUGCCGCCACCAAGAAUUAAUAAAACAGAAGAAGAGGCUGUUAAAAGAAGACGACCAAAGAAUUUCUCUUUCAAAGAAAUGGAAGACAUCGCAAUACUUUGGAGCUCAGGUUCUCCAGAGAGCGCCUUGUGGUCCGACUACCUCGUGGCCAGCUUUGACAAGAUCAUGUCGCAAAGAGCCAGACAUCAUUAUAGAGUCACUCCAGUCACCGCAGAAGAAUUAGUUUCGGCUGAAUCUCAAGAUAAACUAGACAAAUUGGGCAAAGCUCAACUACAAAUAGUCAUACUUUGUCCAAUUCUCGCGUCUAAAUUGUCAGAGCUCAAGAGAGAGCUGAACGCUGAUACUAUUUUCAAAACCGACAAAGUUCUAGUUAUGUUGUUAGGAGUUGAGAAGAACCAAAUUAUAUCUAACAACUGCGAAGACUAUUCCAACAUAGACCAAUGGAAGAUGAUGUCUGUUCGGGAGAAGGAUACGUCUUUUGUGGACACAUUCCUUACGGCCGCUGUUGGUAUCCUGCGUACAAAAGACUGCAAAGACACUGCCGCGGAUAGAACUAGCUUCUCGAUUGUACCAAAGAAAGUUAAAAUUGGUCAAAGUCGAGUGAUAGCGCUCCUCAACGACCCCAUUCGAGAGGAAGAUAGUAUUAAGAUAAUGGUAGACAAAAAAGGAGAGGUCAUUCACAUACCGACGUUUAAGAAAAGAAAUCCGUAUACACUACAAUUUGAUAUUCCAGAAUCAUGUCUGGAGGUGUCGAUGUUGGUUUGGGUGAGGGUGAGCAAGAAUGGACAAUCGCUGGGCAGGAGACAAAUAAAAUGCGAGAGUCGUUUGAGAGAGUUGGAUCAAUUGUUAAGAGCAUCCGAUCAUCCUUUGGAGUUCAUGUGCCAGACUUUAGGUUUUAAGACUACGAGCAAGGAACAACUGGACAGCUGGAUGUUGAACGCCUUUCAGAAGAAUAUUCCACCGCACUUUAAUUUGCUGGCCUCAAACGAACAUUACAACCCCAAAGCGGACAUGAGCAGCGGCGAGGAGUACCCGACGUUGCUUCAUUGGGCGGCUCGGUUUGGUCUGGAGAGUGUGUGCUGGCAGCUAUUAGAGUGUCCGGGGGGCGCGGCCGCCGUCGCUAUCAGGAACGCCCGCCGCAGGACGCCGCCCGACCUCGCCCGCGACCACAACCAUCACAGGCUGGCUGACAUGUUGGCUGAUCAUCUCAAAAUAAACGAAUUCUCAAACAUGUACUACUAUUUGAAGAAUAUGUCCGACAAUGAUAAAGAGGACUCACAAGAGGAAGACAAACAUCCUGAAGAACUUUGUAUCGUGGAGACGGAAGACACUGUUGACUCACCGAGCUGUGACCACAAGGAAGACGCGAGCGGCGCCCCAUCGGAUCCUUUCAGUGAAGUCUGCACACAGAACUUAGAAGAAUCACCUGAUAGGAAAGAAGAGAAAAAGCAAAGACCGAAUCCUAUUAAACUGCCAAAAGUGAAGGAACAAUUUUACCAAAACGAUUUUCCCCUGCACGAUCACAAAAUUGAUAGAGUUCAGCAAGCUAUUGAACAUGACUACUUAUUCCAACCAUCCAAUAUAAAGGUCGAAAGCCCAAAAUUCCGACCAAACAAUUUGUAUGCGAACAGCUCGAGAUUACUACCGCAGCAAUCUGACGUGUUUCUUUACUCACCCACCGAAGAAUCGAAGACUUUCAACAUUGAAACGCCGACAAGUGAUAUAAGUCAGAUAAAUUUGAACGUUCGCAACAGUGGGAGCAUUAAAUCUGGCAAAGAUGCCUCCGGCCAAGAGGAGCUGGCAGAAAUAAUAAAUGAUUUCAAGAACAACGUGUUCACAAUAUCUGAAGUUGAAAAACUCGUGAUGGAGUGGCGGAACAGAAACGAAACACAGCAGUCGCUGAAAGAAAAACAGGAACAGCUCAAUAAGAUGAGAGAAGAGUACGACAAGAUACAACAGAAGAUUAAAGACAACAUGAAAAGGCCGACGCCGUUCGAGAGAGUUAAAAAGAUGUUCUCAAAAAGCAAGAGCAACAAACAUCACGAAACAAACACUGGAACAAUUGAAAAAAGAAAUGGGAACACUAGACCGAACAGCAGUUUAAGUGACAGUUCGUCAUCUUCCGGUCGUCUCAGUACAGUCAGCGGCGGAAGUGUUGGAGAAACACACAGCGGCCAGUCUGAGUUAGACGAUAAGGCUAGAUCAGUUAUAUCCGCGAGUACUCUGACAAUGAAUUCGUGUGACGAUAAUCGUCUCGACGACUACUUGAUCCCGCCGCCGCCGCGACCCCUCAACGGAUGUCCACAAUUCACAACAUUCGGACAUCCUAAACACGACAAUAGAAGUCAACACAUGGCAACUAUUGUUGAGAGAGAAGCCUCCGCCUCCAGAGAAAGGCUGGAUUGCGACUCCGAUACGAGCUCCACACACCUGCGACUGAACUUUUCUUCGCGCGACAGAUCUGUCGCGAGCAGGUGCGACGAUCGCGACGGCGCUCACAUGUACAUGAAUAUUUCAGCUGCGCAUACAUAGUAAAGAUAAUAUAGAUCUAAACGUAGAAUUAAUAUGUUUUAUAUAAGUGACUCCAAUAUUAUUUUUUUGACGCAAGUAAACAGCUUUGGUUGAUUACGAUAGUUAAUGACGACAAUAAACCUUGUUCGGAGUCCAUGUUAAUGUGUAACGACAAUAAUCAAUAAGCUGUCAGUUAUUAAAGAUGGCGCCAGAAUACAGAUGACGUCGUGAGUGAUUCAGAGUUGCAUAUUAUUAAAUUAUUAAGGAAUGAGGAAAAACAUUUCAAUAUACUCUUGAAUUUUAUUAAAGAAUUAUUAGCGAAGACAAUGUUUGAUGAGUUCAUUGAGAGAGAUUUAUGAAGUGACAACAACUCUAAGAGCAAAGACUGAAAAAUGAUUUCAACGUUACGGAAGAUUGUGUAAAUAUUUGUAUAUAUUAGGAUAAGUUACUGCAUUUUAUUUAUUUUUACAAGAUUAUAUUACUACGGUACAAAAACUAUAGCUAGUUAUUGUAAAUGCAUGCAUAUAUAAUUUUGUUUAGGAAUGUUUGAUAUUCGCAGUAAUGAUAAAGAAAAAUGUUUUUUUAACUUAGAAGUUUCUUUACUGAAAUGCAUUUAUACACAAAAUACAUGAUAUAAAAAAUAAUAAA